AUGAAAAAACGACGUCAGCUCAAUGCAUUAUUGCAGUUUCGAUCAAGAAAUAAUAGUGGCGGAUCAGUGAAAAACGAUGAUCUAUUAACAAGUUCAGAGGAAGAAUUAUUUUUACCAAACACCAAAAAUGCAGCUAAACCUCAUACGUUCCGUUAUCGUCGAUGCUGUAAUUAUAUUCGACAUAUCAUCUCAUUUUGCCUUGUCUGUAUAUUUAUGAUUGUAUGUGCUGGGCUCGCUUAUGCCAAUGUUGAAUUGAAACACGAAGUACUAAAUUUAUCCUCAAGAGUCGCCGACAUUGAAAAACGUUUAUCAUCGUUUGAAUUCAAUCAUUUAUUAACAACCAUUGAUUCUAUUAAAACCCGUUUGAUGACCGUUGAAAAAUGGAACGGAACAUAUAUUUACGAACAAUUGAAUAAAUUACAUACAGACUUCAAUCGGAUGGCAGCACGAUUAUCAAAAGUGAACAAUGAUGAUGUUGAACAUGAACAAACAUCACCAACUGAUGUUGAACUAACAGAAAAAUUACACAUAAUUGAGCAAAAAUCUUCAAAAUUGAAAGAAGUAUCCGAUGAACUUGAGAAAUUAGAAAAAGAAAGUGAAGGUCAAAUGACAAAUUUGAUCUACUCUAAUGAAAAAUCAAAACAUUUUGAUAAAUCAUUGAUCGAACAUUUACUAGAACAAGAAAAUAAAAAAAAUCUCGAAGAAGAUAUUGUUCGACUAUCAUCCACUGUUGGAUCAUUUAAUAAAACAUUACAAUCGGCAGCAUCUAUGUGGAAAAAGGAAUUAGAUGAUCUCAGAACUGAUCUUCAUUUACUAAAUCAAACAUCAUCAUCUAAAGAACAAAUAUUGUCUGAUUUGAUGCACUCUUUUAAACAAUUGAAUAGUCUUGUACAAAAUUCAUCGUCAGAAACAUCAAGGAUGAUUGAAACAUUUCAAACAGAUAUCAACAAUAUUCGAAAUAAAAUAAACAAUUGUAAACAACCACAAAGUAUAGUUGAGGUACUCAUACCAACUACAUCGACAACGUUUGAGCAAACGUUACAUUCAAAUAUUACUGAACAAAAUUCAUCUUCGAUUGUUCCUAUCAUUACAACGAUAACGGAUAAGACGAUUCUUAUUGACCAUGAUCGAAAAACGGUGGCUAUUGAUCAAAAUAACAAAACUAACGAUACGCACAACGAAGAACUAGCCUACACGGCUGACAAUAAUUAUGAACAAAAAUCAUACCAUAUUAAUGAUAAAAUUAGUGUGGAAGACGAUGAUGAAGUAUCUUACCUUCAAAGAUUAUUCUCACCGAGGAAAAAGACAAAAUCAGAUAAUGAAAAAAUCGAUAUUAGUACAUUAAUGGAAGAUACUGCUCAACGUUCAAGGAAAAAUAAACACCAUAAAUAA